GGUGGCUUCAGAACGCCGAGAUUCCAACUCAUACAAACGAAAGAGACAAUAUAACCUUAGCCAAACAAAACUCCAUUAAAAAGCAAACCAGACGCAAUUCUCAUUUCUCGAUCACCAUUAUUUGGCGUUGAAAGCAAAAAAAAAACCCACCGGCGGCAUGAGUCUCUUCGGCCUCGGCAGCAGAAACCAGAGGACGUUUCGGCCUAAGAAGAAUGCUCCAUCCGGUAGCAAGGGUGCUCAACUUCAAGCACAUAUUGAUGCUACCUUGGGUAGUGGCAACUUGAGGGAAGCUGUAAGACUGCCUCCUGGCGAAGAUAUCAACGAGUGGCUAGCCGUCAACACUGUGGAUUUCUUCAAUCAAGUGAACAUUUUGUACGACACUUUGAGUGAAUUUUGUACACCAUCCAACUGUCCAACAAUGACAGCCGGCUCAAAAUACGAGUACAGAUGGGCUGACGGUGUUAACAUAAAGAAGCCGAUUGAGGUCUCCGCUCCAAAGUAUGUUGAGUAUCUUAUGGACUGGAUUGAGUCUCAGUUAGAUGAAGAGAAGAUUUUCCCUCAAAGACUGGGUGCACCAUUCCCUCCAAAUUUCCAAGAUGUCGUGAAGACAAUCUUCAAGAGAUUAUUCCGUGUAUAUGCCCACAUAUACCACUCACAUUUCCAGAAGAUUGUGAGCUUGAAGGAAGAAGCACACCUAAACACUUGCUUUAAACAUUUUGUUCUCUUUACAUGGGAAUUUCGACUGAUCGACAAGGGGGAACUGGCGCCUCUUCAUGACCUUGUUGAGUCCAUCCUUUGAUCACAGUUUCCAUGCGUGUGGAAACUGAUUUCUUUUUCUUCUUGUUUUAUCUUACUAGCAGGUUUUACAGUGGUUUUAACCAUUCCCAUAGGACUGCUGAUCAUGAAACAACGUAAGAAGUGUUGUGAAACCUGUUAGGCUCUCCUAAUUGUUUUGCUGAGGGCACAAUUUUUCCUCUUUUUUCGUACUGUAUAUGUAUUUAGCCAGCUGUUGAAUUGUUGAUAAUAUGGUUGUGAGAUUCCAGAAAUACUGUAUAAUAUUGUAGUUGGAAAUUAUCAUGUACAGGUGUUAUAAAUAGAUAAAUUCUUAAAAGUUUACAUACUCUUAUUCCAUCAUUGAGAUUUGGUAAUUGGACUUUUCCAGUCAACCCACCAUGCAGGCUCUCCUAUUUGUUCGUCAGCACUCAGCUUUAGCUGGUUUAAUCUGAGAUUUGG